CGAGGAGCCUCACGCGCUCCAGCACGAGGAGCACGGGGCGAGCAGUGUGAACGGAUUUCACUUGACCAACCUGUUUCGGAUCGGCACCGAUUUGGAAAAUGACAACCAACCGGCGGUGAUCGAGCACCGUUUGCCGCAGCAGGAGGUCGAGAAGCGCCGGAACCUCCAAACGGUUUCCUUCGCCGACGAGCGGGCCAAGGUGCGGACGUUUGCCCAUAUGAACCGCGUCAUCUACCCGCCCACGGACUACACCCAGUACCUGGACAAGCUGGGGGAAGUGUACGAAGCCGGCGUCAACCUGUACGGCACCGGGCAGACCGCCGCAGACCGGGCGGCGUCAGAGACGACGGUGACCGCCGCGUGGCACGCGGCCAUGAGCACCAAGGUGGCGCAGGACAGCUGGGAAAGCAAGUUCAACCCGACGAACGGCGAGCCGACGGGGCUGGGGGUCGCCGCCGCGGUCUACCAGUCCGCAACGGAGGCCGUCAUCGUCUUCCGCGGCAGCCACACCGGUGCCGACUUCAACAACAUGUUUCUCUGGUUCGAGGGCUGGUUCAGCGACCGGCUGCAGGCGCAGAUGAUGCAAAACUGGCAGGACGCCACGCAGCAGGCGCUGACGAACGAGAUGUUGGAGCGGGCGAAACUGCCGGAUCUGAAGGAAAAAGCCGCCUUCUACGCGGCGACGCAGGGGUUGUUGGUCAAGCAGGACGUGGAUUGGAUGCAGCUGGGCUUGGCGAACACCUUUUCCGUGAUCAACGAAGGCUACUGGCCGCUGACAAAGCAGCUCGUGGAAACGAUUUUGCCCACGGUCGCCGGCAAGACGCUUUACAUCACAGGUACAACUUGAUAUUACUGCGAAAUCAAAUUGUUCAUCGGUUCUUUCCUAACAGCAUUGCAAGUGCAUGUAUCUUGUCGGAAAAGGGAUCUGCUACGUGGUCGUUCUUCCCUGCACUCACAAAUCCACAAUUGCUGCGUACUGAUAUCUUUGAAAAAACAUAAAAUAAGUACUUUCUCUACAAAAACCACAGGUCACUCGCAGGGCGGCGGUCGGGCGUCUCUGGUCUCGAUGUGGUUGGAAAAGACCAAAGCCAUGACGGUUCCUACGUACACCUUCGACGGUGUGGGCGUGCAGUGCGCGGUGCGGUACGCGCUCCCCGCCGCGUAUUCGGCGGACGUCGACGUGACCGUGUUGCACGGGCAGAUCACGCAGUACGUGCACGCGUUGGACGCGUACGGACAGAUGGACUACCAGGCGGGGAAAGUCUGCAAGUUCGGCACGACGGAACUGCGCGACGCGAAAGCCUAUUCGCCCGCCAAGGACUUCUGCGAACGCUCGGUCGGGUGGAGCGGCGCGCGAUUGCUGGUGCCGGUGUUCGAGGAGCAGGACCGGAACUUCGCGAUGUGCCGCUACUUCACGCACUGGUCGACCGCCGUCACGCACUACUUGGACCAGGAUGCCAUCCUGAACGCCGACGGGACCACGGACGGCGGCUGCGCGAACGAGGUGCUUGUGCCGGCCAACGAUCCGCAGCAGCUUUGCGCGCCCUGCCGGACCGCGCGGUGCGUUAACAAGCUGCCGGAACUGGCGCUGAACUGGCGGAACAAGCUGACCGACACGAACACGAACUUUCCGUUGUCGCACCCCUGUCUGGCCGACAACACCGCGAGCGUCCCGAUGCUGAUGCAGACCGUGACGCUCUCGGGGGCGCUGACGCAGAACAACCUGUUUCAGCACUGCACCUUCCUGGGUGGCUCCGAGGACUACUUGCUGACGGGGGCGAGCGGGAGCGGUUCCGAAAAGGCGUUCAACGCGGUGUUCCGGGUCAACACGCUUUCCCUGGACGCCAGCUUCCAG